GCACCAUCCAAAAAUACAAAAUUCAUCCCCAAAAAUUAAUGAACAUAAGUUUUACUCACCCAACACAGACAUCCGUUUUUUCUAUUCUUCACAAACACAAAAGAAAUUGCAGCAAUGGCGAUGUCAGCCGCCGCAACAAGUCCCUCAUUCACCCUCACAAAACUUCUUUCCUCCCCUAAAAUCAAGCAACCCCUCUCUCUCGUCUCUCCGCACAAGAAACCCAAUUUUAUGUUCUCCUCUUCCGCCGCCUUUACCCCAUUUCCCCUUAAAUUCCACCGCACAAAACCCUUCAAAUUCUCCACAACCUCAACACCAAAAAUCUCCGCUACCAUCUCUGUCGGAGACAAGCUUCCCGACUCCACCCUCUCUUAUUUGGACCCUUCUGACGAGCUUAAAACAGUCUCAGUGUAUGAGCUUACUUCCAACAAAAAAGCCAUUCUCUUUGCGGUUCCUGGGGCGUUUACUCCCACCUGUUCCCAGAAACACCUCCCGAGUUUCGUGGAGAAGGCCGGAGAGUUAAAGGCCAAGGGGGUGGAUACAAUUGCGUGCAUUUCUGUUAAUGAUGCUUUUGUGAUGAAAGCUUGGAAGAAGGACCUGAAUGUUGGUGAUGAGGUAUUGUUGCUGAGUGAUGGGAAUGGGGAUUUCACCAAGGCUAUUGGGUGUGAGCUUGAUUUGAGUGAUAAGCCUAUAGGACUGGGAGUCAGAUCCAGGAGGUAUGCUAUGUAUGUGGAAGAUGGUGUUGUGAAAAUCUUGAACUUGGAGGAGGGAGGUGCCUUUAAUGUUAGCAGUGCUGAAGACAUGCUCAAGGCCCUUUGAGAGUAAUGAUUUUUCUUUCUAUGUUUAUUUGAACUUUUGAAUUUGAGUUUAUGUUGAUUAUGAUGAGGAUGAGGAUGAGAAUCGUUUAUGUUGAUUAUGAUGAGGAUGAGAAUCGUUUCUAUCUUUAUGAAUAAAUGCGAUAGAAUUAUCUAAACAUUCAGAUGAAAUCUAUUGGCUAUGAUGCGUCCUCUUGUGGAAAUUUGUUGUUUAA